CUCAUUCAUUGUCAGCUUCCUGGAGCCAUUUUCCAGCGAGCGGCGCAGCACUUCGACUCCGUUUUUUAAUCCAAACCAUCUGCGCUUUCGUGGGACUAAUAUAAACUCAAACGUGGCCAAAUCGAUAGUUAAGAGUCUUAUCUUUUAUUUCAGACCGAUAUUGAUGACAUAAACGCGGCGUGUAGGUACAAAAAAGCCUUUAAAUCAAAGAGGGACAAAAGGACGGCCCCCGUACUCGAGUCCACGACGAUGAGAAGAGGGAUCUCAUCAGCCCCGGAGAAAGUCAUAAUCGCAGGGGUUGGUGGUUCUUCGCUGGACAAAAACGCUGUUUUGACGGCUUUGUCUGACCGCCUGACCUCUCAUCUUCCCACUACAACUUAUAUCCAAAUCAUAACCCCGCCGCCGGGCAUUUCUCAGACCUCCACCGUAUGCCUGUCGGAGGCUCCGGCGGCCAGUUUGUACACAACCCCGCACGGGAACAACGGAGCCGGACCACGACCUGCCCUAGGACGCCCUCCGGCAAAGAGACGCCUGGCCUUGGAUGAUGCUGACCACUUGUAUACGACUGAUGUAGCCAAAACAUCCAAGACUCAAAAUGGAGCACCUCUAGCUGUACUGAAGGCCAGCAAAACUCCGAAGUCUCCAUCAGAGAAAACGCGCUAUGAUACUUCUCUGGGCCUCCUGACUAAGAAGUUUGUGCAGCUGUUAGGCCAGUCUUCUGAUGGUGUGGUAGACCUGAACCAAGCAGCUGAAGUGCUCAAUGUCCAGAAGAGGCGGCUCUAUGAUAUUACCAAUGUGCUGGAGGGAGUCCAUCUAAUCAAGAAGAAAUCAAAGAACAACAUACAAUGGAUGGGCUGUAAUUUGUCAGAGGUUGGUGGGGCUUUAACUCAGAAGCAGACUCUGAGCAGUGAGGUGGCUCAGCUGGUGCAGGAGGAGCGCCGACUGGACGAGUUGAUCCAGAAAUGUACCCAGGAGGUUAAGCAGAUGACGGAGUCAUCGAAUGGUCAGAAAUUCGCUUAUGUGACGUAUCAAGACUUGCGCAGAGACCGUAGCCUGAGAGAUCAGACGGUCAUUGUGGUCAGAGCACCUGCUGGGACCAAGCUGGAAGUCCCGGAUCCACAAGAGGGUUUGCAAGUACAUCUCACCAGUACAAAGGGCCCUAUAGAUGUCUUCCUGUGUCCAGAUGAGAAUACGCCUGACAGUCCGGUGAAAAAUGAAGGCUUACGCUUGAACGGAAACUCCUCACCUUUCAUGAAAGUGUUAGAAGAUGGGGGCUCUAGUCGGGCUGGUCCAGCAGUAACGGUCACCAGCUUGUCACCCAUCACCUCUCCAUACACCAGCCUUCUGCAGCAGACAGAAGACCAGAUUCCCUACGCAGACGGCAUUCCCUUCGUCAGCCUGGGCUCGCCCCCUCUCAGUGAGGACUACCUCAUGAGCCUGGGUGAAGGAGAGGGCAUCACUGACCUCUUUGAUGACCUGGACAGGCUUCCAAACCUUGAUGACCUCCUGUGCAACUGAAAGGGUCUCAAGGUGAGACUCCAUCUUGGUUUGAGAGGACAUUUCAGCCUUACUGAGAUAACAAUCCACUGUGCGAUUGCAUUGACAAGUGCAGCUUGCACGUGGCCUUUAUUUGGAAGUGGCUUUUUUGGUUUUUCCUUAACUCUUCAGCAGUACACGAGCUGCUUUUGAAAUGGGUAUCAGAAUUUACCCUCUUUCUCCUGUCUUCAGUGAAAUAAUUCUCUUUCUAGAGGCCUUUGAUUCAUCAUUGACUAUUGGGAAUAUGCUCUCUUGCUCACACCAGUGAGUGGGAGAAAGUGAGUUUCUGUGUAGAAUUACACAGCAUAUCUACAGCUUAUUCUGCUGCCUGUCACUUCUUUAUGAAUAAGAUAUACUAGCAGCACAAGGCCACACCAUUAUUCAGGAGACACUUGUAUAGAAAUGUCUUGUCUGCACUUGUUGCAGAUUACAACUUCUUUUUGAUCAGUGACCUAUUUGAGUGAGAUCCCCUCACAAUAUUGACUAUUGAAGGCCGUUCAUGUGCGGACACAGCUAAAGAGAGUAGAGUGGAGCUAAUAUCUUCUGUAGACCAAAGGUUUAAUUGGCACCGCAUUCAUUUUCAUAGAGAAUCAACAUGUUCUGACACUGGUAGCAUAUCUAACUGAUGUGAAUUGAAACGGGGGAUGUUUGCGCCAGUGUCCAGCUCCGUUUAAACUUUGGAAGUGCACUUUAGAUCUCUCUUCCCAGAUGUAUGCUCGUGUUGCCACCAUCCAACUGAAAAGAAGAAAAUCAGCUCUGCAUUUGUGUGGGCAGCGACUUCUGUCCAUUGUGGGACUGCCUGUUGGAAGGGAAAUGACUUGCAGUUCUUGCGAUGUUUUUAUCAGCUUGUCAUUGGAAAUUUUCAGCUGCACUGUUGGUGUGUUAAGUGUAGAAAGUGUUUUCUAAGUGAUGCUUGAUCAAUUUUAAAUACAAGGCAGGUGUCCUUGACUAAAGCCAUUGUUUAAAAGGUGUGGUACUGUUCUGUAGGCUUAACCAAAUUUAAGUAGGUGGUCACGCAGUUUUGAUCUUCAGUUGAUCUGGAAAUGAAGCUAACAAUCACACAAACUCCACGUGGCUCUGUUGGAGGAUCCAAGCUUUUAGAUUGGAUACGUCAAAGUCUUGAUUCUACAUUUUGUUUGCUAAUAGAUCAUUGGAACAGUGAAUGUACAUCUGGCUGCUUUACAGCGAGCACUUGGGCUUACAGAUGGUGGAAAAUCUGCAGUACCUGGAGCUCAAGGCCUGUGACUUGAUUACUUCUGUUUUGAUGUGAGUCACGUUAAUCAACUGCUCAAAUAGCAUAAAUAAUGUAAACUUCAUGCAUAAAUGGCAUGUACUUCAUGUAUCAAGGUUGCAUAUCAUGCAUCUAGGUUUUGCAGGCUUUACUGCUGCGUAAGAGAAGUUUGAAACAUGCACUCUGGAAAUUUACCAUGUUCUUAUUCAGUUCUAAUAUAUAAAGCUUAUGUAAAAACAAUAUAAAUAUUCCAUGUUAAUUAUUUGUAUUGGCUUUUUGUGAAGAGUGGUGAUAGGCUAAAUAAUCCUGAUUGGUUUGCCCCAGGACUAUGUACUGCAGACUACCUCCAAAUCUGUUACUAACAAUAUAAAUAUGUAUUAAACUGUUCCUUUCUGUAUCUGUUCUGUUGCUUCCAGUAUCACAACUGCUUUUCAGUUUUCUCACCUUUCUUCUCUUCCCGCCUCCCCCCCCACCCCUCAUUACUAUUACUUUGAGCUGCUGAUGUAAUCCCACAUCGAAGAUUCCACCUUGGUUAGAUACCUUAUUUACUGCCAUUUCUAUAAACUGGUUUAUCUGGAAAAUUCAGAUUUAAUUUUACACACAACUUCAAAUUUAUAUUUAAAAGUGAGUUUUUGCUAUACAAUCCAUGGCAAAAAUUAUGGAGUCACCACUCUUGGAGGAAGAUCUUUUCAAUUGUUUAAUUUAGUAGAAAAAUGUAAUCAGACAUGCCACACAACCUUUUUUCAAAAUUCCAACCUUCUGCCAUUAAGAACACAAAGAAAUAUUGUUUUCAGUCACUUGUUUUUGGAUCUGUUUUUAGAUCAAGUAGAGGAAAAAAUAUAGAAUCACAAAAUUCUGAGGAAAUUAUGGAAUCUCUCUAAUUUGCAGUUCUAAAACAAAAAGCUGCAUCAGAUUAAAUCUGCUAAUUAGUCUAGUUUAAAAAAAAAAAUGCUCACACCUUGGAGAGCUGUUGCACAAAGUGGAUUGACAUGAAUCAUGGCU